CUACAUGUUCGCAUCGCGUUAAUAACCUGGUGAUUUCGUCGGAUCGAUGCUGGAAAACCUUGGGAUGUUGGAUUCUCCUUCUAGCGACCCAAAUACUUUGAAGAAAGAUGUGUCUGACCUGAUGGCAGAUGCACGUAAAUCAAGGAAGGCAGUUUUUAGACGAACGAUCGAUUAUAAUGCUUCUGCUAUCAAUUACCUUCAAAACAGAAUUUGGGUCAGUAGGGACUUAGACCGUCCAAUGCUUCAGCCGGAUUACUUGUGGAGUCCUAAGUUGUGUCCUCCUAGGAGCUACAUGGAUUCUCCCAUGAAUUGCGUCAUGUCAAAGCCUGUUCGUACAUCUACUAAUAAAAAUAAAUGCCCUAUAUAUUGCGUUUGUUGGACACCUGAAGGGAGGCGGUUGAUAACAGGAGCCUUCAGUGGUGAAUUUACUUUGUGGAACGGUUUAACGUUCAAUUUCGAGACUAUUUUACAGGCCCACGAAUCGCAAAUCCGUUGUAUGAAAUGGUCUCACAACGAAGAAUGGUUACUCACUGCUGAUCAUUCUGGAUAUGUGAAGUAUUGGCAAGCUAAUAUGAACAAUGUUGAAAUGUAUCAAGCACAUAAGGAACCAAUUCGUGGCGUAAGUUUCUGCCCAUUCGACAAUAAAUUCGUUACCUGCAGUGAUGAUUCUACCGUACGUAUUUGGGAUUUUCAUCGUUGUGCUGAGGAGCGCGUGCUCCGAGGUCACGGUUCUGAUGUUCGUAGUGUAGCAUGGCAUCCUGUCCUUUCUCUUAUAAUAUCUGGUAGCAAAGAUGCACAGCAACCUAUCAAAUUAUGGGAUCCCAAAACAGGCGAAUCUGUAUCUACAUUGUAUGUACAUAAAAAUACAUGUACAGAUGUUUCUUGGAACGAUAAUGGCAACUGGUUCUUAACUGCAUCCAGAGAUCAUUUAAUUAAAUUAUUUGAUCUACGCAAUCUUAAAUCAGAGUUACAAACUUUUCGGGGUCAUAAACGUGAUGUCAUGCGUGUUGCAUGGCAUCCAUUUCAUGAAUCCUUGUUUGUAAGUGGUAGCGCUGAUGGUGCUAUUUUUUACUGGCUCGCUGGGACGGAUACUGAACUUGGAGCCGUAGACAACGCUCAUGAAAGCAUGAUUUGGAGUCUCGCUUGGCAUCCGUUUGGACAUAUUUUAGUUUCCGGGGCAAAUGAUUUUGCCACAAAAUUCUGGACCCGCAAUCGGCCAGGUGAUGUUCUCAAAGAUACAAUUAGUGCAGUUGGUCCAGAUAACCUUGUUCAAGCCGUCAGUGCAACGAAUAUGUUAGCUAAUACAUAUUCAUUUGGAGACCCAGAAGUAGUCGAUAAUUCAUUUAAUAUUGACCUGUUUAAAUUACUUACGGAGACACCUAUCUCCUCCAACCGGAUAGAUACUCUUGAUGAUUUAGCAUUUUCUACUAAUCCAAAUGACUUGAGCACAACUGAGAUACCCGGACUUAAUGAAGGACCGGUAACAGAUUUAAACAUAACUGAUACUGAUGAUCCUGAAGAGCGCGAGAAAAACAAACUACGAAGUUCUCGGACUAUUCCAAAGGAAUUCGCUGCCAACUGGGCAAGUACACGGAUCACAGCAAUGCCAACAGUAAUGAUGGCCACACCUAGUCCGUCAGCAAUCGCUGCUGCAGCCGCAGCGGCGGCUGCUGCUGUCAGCAAUCUAAAUGCAACGCCGCAGUAUUUGCCUCCAGUUAAACCACCCGCUUUGAAUAAGGACAGGCUAGCGCAAAGUGCUGCUCCAAUCAACCCAUCAGAACCUGAAGCUAUCGUAGAUCAAAUACAAGAUAGAGGUUUUUGUAAGCCCAACCAAACACCCUUUGUUGAGCAACCAAUUAGUGAGAUGAACAAUGGCGUUUCCACUCAUAUGUAUGACCAACCACCUUUCUCAGAACCACUGCCACCGAGGGGUUUGGAACAACAUGUACCGAUUCCUGAACAUAAUGUAGACAUCAGAAAUAAUACAAAUCCAUCAUUAGACUGGAAUCAACGAAAUGAAGAACUCUCCUUACAAACUGAACACAACGCACCUUUACAAACAGAACAACCAAACAAUUUAUACCGCGAGCCGUUCAGUGGGCAUCCGCAACUGUAUAACGAACAAGAGAACUUUUUGGAACCAAAGCCAUUCCUCAGACAUAGGGAAGACAGAGAUUACAGAGAUCAUGAACACAGCGAGCAAUUUAACCGGCCCUUCCUUGAAAAUGACCAUUACUAUAAUGGACCUCCUGGUGGCUUCAACAGUGGAUCAUCACAUGGCCAUCAUAAUCGUAAUAUGAUUCCUAACGAUCAAAUACAUCCAGGAGAAAGGGGUCGACCAUUUUCUCCUAAUAUGGAGAAAUAUCCUUACGACCGAAGGGGUGACCGACCUCCACCGAUGAGGCAGAACUACGAUGAAGAUAGUUGGGGUAGGAGAUGGCUAGACAACAGGAACACUCCCGAUCGGUUCGACUAUCCCCAGGGUCCACCUAGACGUCCUCCGCGAGAACACAGGCCGCCACACCCAGAUUUUUACCCUGAUCCUCGACAUCCGCUCCCUCCUAACUUUGUCCCUCCACAUAAACGGCCACCUCCUAUGGGACCUGGUGGUCAACCGCCUGACCAUAUGAGAAAAUAUCCACGACAAGAUCCUUCUCGAAGCAAACCACCAUGGACUGGAUACAGUCGAUGGUAG